CCUUUUGUGGAUAUGACAACAUAAAGUGUUGAUCGAAGCAAAAAUCGUAUCCGUUUAUUGUCUGUCUUUCAAUCUGCAUGGGGGAAAUUAACAUUAUGGACCUUGUGGAGCUAUGGACCAUUCAGCUCAUUCUGUUUUGCCAGUGGAUGGUUUGUGCAAGUGCUGAUACACAUUGGACAUACACAGGCUCUACAAGCCAGGCCCAGUGGCCAGAGGUCUUCCCUCACUGUGGGGGUACAGAACAGUCUCCCAUCAAUGUGGAAACUUCUCAAGUGCAGCACGACCCCUCUCUGACUCCUGUGCAGCCUCUGGGCUACAAUCAGCCUGGCAACAACCCAUUCACCCUCACCAACAACGGGCACACAGUGGAAAUGUCUUUGCCUGUGUGGAUGGGAGUGGGAGGGCUGCCUUGGCAUUUCACAGCCGCGCAGCUUCAUCUGCACUGGGGUAGCUCUGAGGUCAAUGGAGUGGCUCGUACAGGAGGCAGCGAACACACCAUUAAUGGGCACUGUUCAGCAGCUGAGCUGCACAUUGUCCACUACAACUCUGAUGUGUACCCCAACAUUUCCACAGCAAGGACAGAGCGCAAUGGACUGGCUGUGCUGGGAGUGCUCAUAGAGACAGGUGAUGAAACAAAUUCUGCCUUUGCAAACAUCUUUAAUUACCUGGGACGCAUCAGAUAUAAAGGACAAAGAGUGAGCAUCCCAGCCUUUGAUGUCGGGUCUCUUCUCCCGAAUGAUCUUGGACGGUUCUUUCGGUAUAACGGCUCCCUGACGACACCACCCUGCUAUCAGAGUGUGCUGUGGACCGUGUUCUCCGAGAAGGUCAAGGUGUCUCACGCGCAGCUGAGGAAGCUGGAAACGGUUCUGUUCUCCAACGAAAAAGAAGGGCUUGACUCUGUACCUCUCCGAGACAACCACCGGGAGCCCCAGGCUCUCAACGGGAGGCUCGUGCUGGCCUCCUUCACAGCAGAUUCACUCACAAUCUACUCAGUUGGAGAAGUGUGCGCGAUGGCGAUUGGAACAGUGUGUGGAUGUUUAGGUUUGGCACUGAUCGUUCGCGUUAUUGUGAAAACCAUACGCUCCACCUCUAGUUGGGAUGUCCUGCCCACAGUGAGAUCGACUUCUUCACCCAGAGCUAAGGAAACCAACCAGGAGAAAAAAGAGGAUGUGGUUUUCAAGACAACCUCUGAUUCAGAAAAAGAAGAGGUCCCACCCCACUCAGAACCUUGAGUCCUCAUGACCCUUCUGACCCGAGUACCUAUUUUCCGUCUGUGUCCUUUUUGCUAGAAUGUUCUUUGACAAGACCUCCUUUACCUCUGAAGCCCUGACCAACACUUACCUGGAAUCUGAUCUCUUUUGUCCUAGUAUGAUGCACAUGCCCCACUGCCCCCUUCUCCUAAUAGCUGUCAGUAGGAGGCAUUGGCUGCAAUGUCAGUGACACCAGCAGUGACAUGAAGCACAUCAUGCUGACCUGUGAAGCAGUAAUACUUGCGUGCUGAUCCAGUGUGAGGGCAAAGUAUAUAUGUAUAUACUGUACUUUAGCAUUUUAAUAAACAAAUCAAAG